UGCAUUUUUAUCGGCGGUGCUGGAAUAGGUUUAGAAGCGGAAGUGCUUGUCUGGGCCAGUUCUUGUAACGGUCUUCUCAGCAGCGAGCAGAAAAAUCUGUUCUCGAGAAAGAGUGAGGUUGAAAGGGCAAGUCUUGGGGGCUGUGGGCUGAGUGAUGGGGAGUUUUGUGGGUUGGGUGAACGGGAGUGUGUGAGGGUCAUUGAUGUGGGGGUUUGAGGGUUGAGCAAUUAGGGGCCCGAGAGGUUAGUGCAUGAGAGUCUGGGGACCUUUGCUGGACAAAGUUAUGGCGCAAAUCAGGAAUGGGUAGGACUCAUGGAGCUUUGACUUUCACACAUUUUCCAUCCCCGUGACCUGCACAAAGGGUCCACGCGCAUCCCCGAGGCCCCUCUUUAGAUGAGCCCCGCCUCUCCCUCUGCCCCUCUGUCCCUCUUCCCCGGGCUGAAGCCUGAUUAGGGGCGUCCUGUGAAUGUUCCAGCUGAAGUCAAUCCGCUCCUGGGCCAGACGGCCCCAGUGAGCUCAGCCUUCACGCAUCUCUGACUUUUCCCAAGAAGAGCAGGAAAUGGCGAAACCCCAGGAACUUAAUGUCCUUUGACCAACAUCCCCACAUUCUCCAAACACCCCCCCUCCCCGCCGUCUCCAGCCUCUGGAAACAACUCAGGAGCAAUCAAAUGGAAGAGAUGUAUGGAGCGAAGGCUACGGCAGGGGCAGAGCCUCCAUGUCUUCUCAAGGAUAAAAGAAAUGUACUAUUACAGGCACUUGUGACAUUUGAGGACGUGGCUGUGGAUUUCUCCCAGGAGGAGUGGCAGUACCUGAACCCUCAACAGAGGACUCUGUACAGAGAUGUGAUGCUGGAGGCCUACAGCAACCUGGUCUCUGUGGGGCAACAGGUCACCAAACCAGACCUCAUCCUCAGGUUGGAAGCAGAAGAGCUGUACCCAGAAGGAAAAAUCCCGAUUUGGAACUUUCUGGAAGAAGUUGGCCACGUUGAUGAACAGAUCAAGAGGCAGCAGCAGGAUUACCAAGAUAGCUGUGUGUUGAUGCCAUUUGGAUUCCCUGACAAGAAAACAGGCACUACCAAAAGUAGCCGUAACUAUAAUGAAUUUGGUGAUACACUUCAUCUGAACUCCAGCCUUGUCACUUCAAUACAAAGACCCCAUAAGUAUGAAUUGUUUGGAAAUAAUAUGGUAGAUAAUUUGGACUUAUUUAGAAGCUCUACAGAAAAGAAACAUGGUAGUGGAUGUGCAAAAUUAUUCUUCCAUACCGAGUAUGAGAAAACAAAUCCUGGAGUGAAACCCUAUGGCUAUAAAGAGUGUGGUAAAGCCCUCAGACGAAAGAAAGGGCUUAGUCUGCAUCAGAGAAUUAAAAAUGGAGAGAAACCUUUUGAAUGUACCGCCUGUAGGAAGACCUUCAGCAAGAAGUCCCACCUCAUUGUACACUGGAGAACUCACACGGGAGAGAAACCUUUUGGCUGUACUGAAUGUGGAAAAGCCUUUAGCCAAAAGUCUCAGCUUAUCAUUCACCUUAGGACGCACACAGGAGAGAGACCCUUUGAGUGUCCCGAGUGUGGGAAAGCCUUCCGAGAAAAGUCCACUGUCAUCAUCCAUUACAGGACUCACACAGGAGAGAAGCCUUACGAGUGCAACGAGUGUGGGAAAGCCUUCACUCAGAAGUCAAACCUCAUUGUCCAUCAGAAGACCCACACAGGGGAGAAGACCUAUGGGUGCACCAGAUGCGGGGAAUCCUUCCUCCAGAAGCUCGAUCUGAUCCUACAUCAUAGUACUCAUACGGGAAAGAAACCCCAUGAGUGUAAUGAGUGCAAGAAAACCUUCAGUGACAAGUCAACCCUUGUCAUACAUCAAAGAACUCAUACAGGAGAGAAACCCCAUAAGUGUACUGAAUGUGGGAAGUCUUUCAAUGAGAAGUCAACCCUCAUCGUUCAUCAGAGAACACAUACAGGAGAGAAACCCUACGAAUGUGAUGUGUGUGGGAAAACCUUCACCCAAAAGUCAAACCUUGGUGUGCAUCAGAGAACUCAUUCAGGAGAGAAACCCUUCGAAUGCAAUGAAUGUGAGAAAGCCUUCUCUCAGAAAUCCUAUCUCAUGUUACAUCAGAGGGGUCAUACAGGAGAGAAACCCUAUGAGUGCAAUGAAUGUGAAAAAGCCUUUUCCCAGAAGUCCUAUCUCAUUAUACAUCAAAGAACUCAUACAGAAGAAAAGCCCUAUAAAUGCAAUGAAUGUGGCAAAGCCUUCAGAGAAAAGUCCAAGCUCAUUAUACAUCAGAGAAUUCACACAGGAGAGAAACCCUAUGAAUGUCCUGUGUGUUGGAAGGCUUUUAGUCAGAAGUCACAACUUAUAAUACAUCAGCGAACUCACACAGGAGAGAAACCUUACGCGUGCACCGAGUGUGGGAAAGCCUUCAGAGAAAAAUCGACAUUCACUGUACACCAAAGAACUCAUACUGGAGAGAAACCCUACAAGUGUACAGAAUGUGGGAAAGCCUUUACCCAAAAAUCAAACCUCAUUGUACAUCAGAGAACCCACACGGGGAAAAAGGCCCAUGGGAGAAGCCACAGCCGGAAGCCAAAGCUUAUUGGGCAUUAGACUAAAUCAACACACACUGAAGAAAAGUAGUGUCAAAUUCGCUACUUUGCAAGUAUGUUCUUUUUGAUGGUUUAAAUGUGGGGAGUAAGUUCACCCAAAAACUGCAGAAGUGUUAACAAAAUGAGGAGAGGGCUUCCAGGGGCAGAGGGGAUCCAGCAUUGGUGUAGGAAAUUUGAGAGAGAGAAGGUACCCAAGGCUGCAGAUGUGAGACAGCAGUGGGUAGACUCUCAGCUGAGGUUCAGGAUGCACUGGGGGGUACAGUGCAGGGUGUCUUUGAAUAACGCUCCAGCCACCCUUAUUCACCAACUCAGGAGAAGCCUGAAAUAAUUAAGUGUGUAGGGAUACCCGGUUGUUAGAAAAUACAGCCCUUAAAAGUCCAGGAAAAACUCUUCUCAAAGAAGAUUCAAAAGUUGAAUACCACAGGUACACUUCUAGGAGUGUAAUUACAUGUACAAAACGAUUAACACACAGAGGUAUUCACUGAUGCACUGUUUAUGCAAACAAAAGAUUGGAAGCAGUCCAAAUGCCACCACGAGGGUUUUGGUCCCCCAGAUUGUAGUAUGUUCAUAUGGCAAACUCCUAGGUAGACAGAAAUGAAUAAGGAGAACUUGGAUACCAUUUAUAGAGUGAUGUUGGAUAAUCGCCAUAUUCUGUUAUUAGGUAGGAGGAGCAAGGUGCAGGAUAGUGAGUGUAACAUGCUACCAUUUGUAUAUAAAAAAGGGAAAUGGCUAAGUACAUAAUUGAGUGUAUAUGCAUUAAAUAUCACUGGAAAGACACACAAGAAUCUGGUAACCGAUUACCUGGGUAAGUGGCAAUGGGUAGCUGGGGGGAUGGACUUGGGAGGGAGACAACUGUGUGUCAUUUCAUAGCUUUGGAAAAUUAUACUGUAUGGAUGUCCUACCUUUUCAAAACUAAAUAAAACUUAGAAAAAAAAGCAUGCUGUAUUACUGUUAGAGUCUAGAUACAGGAUUUGAAAACAUUUAAUGAGUAGAUAACACUCAGUAGAAUCUAACCAUUUUUUUUCCAACUGAACAAAUCAAAUAACCAGGCGAACAGAGCAGAGUCCAUGAAUUCCAAAGGCACUUAGGCAUUAAAGUGAUUCCUGGGUCAGCUGGGACCACAUUAAGUAAACCGAAAAUAAUUAAGAUGGGAGCAUAUUUCUUCCUAGACAAAGUGAUAUCUGAAAAUAUCCUACACUGAAGCCCACCAGUGUCUGUAUCUUAGCAAAAUGAUUCUGAUUCCUUCAUUCAUAUACAGAGAUGUAUACUGUUUGAGAGGUACUAAAGCUGAGUCCACACAGAGGUUGACUAACUUUCUCCUAAGCGUCACCAGCAGUAGUGACCUUGUCUUUUCCAAUGUGAGAGGUUGAAAGCCGUGGUCUCAAUGAACACAGCCGGAAAUUACUUAACCAGGUCAUUUGCUCCAGAACAAAAGGCCCUGCUUGGGAAUCGCUGUAUUUCUGACCCUUGGGUUAAUGUGCUUUUUCACUGGGACCAUUUCUGUAGAAAAGGGUAACCCACACUACAUAAAACCUAUCCGUCAAACAGGCUAGUGACAUAGCCCUGACACCCUGUCUGUGCUCUCGCAGGCUGCCAUUUUUCCUGAAUUAUUCUGCAAGGAAAUGAGCCUUUGGCUCACUUUUUUUUUUUUUCAUGACAAACACAUUCAGUGCCUUUCCAGGGAGAGGACGUGGGCUCAACAACUUGCCCCUGACGCAGUCUUCUGGGAUGCUGAAAACAAAACCUCCCAUCUUCUUACUGCUGGAGAACCUCCCUGGGGUUUCACAUCCAUUAAGGGUCAUCUUGCGUCUUACCAUUUCCCACGGCUCUUGGACUCCGGCUUCCUGGGACACAGAUGGGCCACUUGUGGGCAAACGGAGG